AUAUUGAGUAUAUGUGAAGCGGUGAAGGAGGAGAAGAAGAAGAGGAGGAAAACAAAGAAGCGGAGAAGCAAGCAAUGGAUUUCACUUCUUUGGAGUCAUCGUUGAUUGAAUUCAGAGCCCAUGCGAAUUCCUUCUUAUCACAAUACGAGCCUCUGGUUCUUGUUCUUGCUCCAUUCCUCACUCUCUUCGUCGCUCGGAUUAUUCGCUCAUUUGUCGUUUCUCUUCACGAUAAGGGGCUGAAAACAAUCCUGUUAGGGUUCUUCUUCACUGCGAUCAAGUUGGUGCCUGGAGUCAAGCGUUACAUAGAUGCGGAGAAACAGAAGGUUGUGGACAAGUUGCAAGCUGGCAGUAAAUCUAAAAGAGAAGGUUGGAGGACAGAGUUGCCAAUCACAGGUUUAGGGAUUGGAGUCAUAGAGAAAUUAAAAGAUGAGAAAAGAAAUGAUGUGGUUUGGCAAGGGAAAUGUUCUGGUACAGUCUACAUAGGAGGAAGUGAAUCUGAAGGACAUUUCUCUUUGAUAAAUGAGGCAUGUUCAAUGUUUGCACAUACGAAUCCACUGCAUUUGGAUGUAUUCCCAAGUGUAACACGGCUUGAGUCAGAAGUUGUUUCCAUGACUGCCGCACUACUUGGCAGUAAAGAAAAGGCUUCUGGAGGACAAGUCUGUGGAAACAUGACAUCAGGAGGAACAGAAAGUAUACUGUUAGCUGUAAAAUCGUCACGUGAUUAUAUGAACACUAAGAAAGGGAUUACACAGCCUGAAAUGAUUAUACCUGAAUCUGCACAUUCAGCUUAUGACAAGGCAGCCCAAUAUUUUAACAUCAAGCUCUGGCGUGUUCCUGUAAAUAAAGAAUUUCAAGCAGAUGUCAAAGCAAUCAGACGACGGAUCAACCGGAACACCAUUUUGAUUGUUGGAUCUGCGCCUGGGUUCCCUCAUGGCAUCAUUGAUCCUAUUGAGGAACUUGGUGAGUUGGCUUUUAGUUCUGGAAUUUGUCUCCAUGUUGAUCUUUGUCUUGGUGGCUUUGUACUACCAUUUGCACGUAAACUUGGGUUUCCAAUCCCUCCUAUUGAUUUUUCUGUCAAAGGAGUAACCUCAAUAUCAGUUGAUGUGCAUAAGUACGGUUUGGCUCCAAAAGGAACAAGUGUAGUUCUAUACAGGAAUCAUGACAUACGAAAGCAUCAAUUUGUUGCUGUGACGGAGUGGUCAGGUGGGCUGUAUGUAUCUCCUACCAUGGCAGGAAGCAGGCCUGGAAGUUUGAUUGCUGGGGCUUGGGCAGCAAUGAUAUCCUUAGGAGAAGAAGGAUACUUGGAGAAUACAAAAGCAAUAAUGGAAGUAUCAAAGAAAAUAGAAAAAGGAAUAAAGGACAUUCCAGAGUUACAUGUCAUUGGGAAGCCAGACAUGACAAUCGUGGCAUUUGGAUCCAACACUAUUGACAUUUUUGAAGUUAAUGAUAUAUUGUCAUCCAAAGGUUGGCAUUUGAAUGCAUUGCAAAGACCCAACAGCAUUCAUAUCUGUGUUACUCUUCAACAUGUACCAGUUAUUGAGGGCUUCCUCCGGGACUUGGAAGAAUCUGUGCAAAAGGUGAAAGAAAAUCCAGGUCCUUUAAAUGGAGGCCUAGCACCCAUAUAUGGUGCUGCAGGGAGGAUGCCAGAUAGGGGUAUGGUUUCGGAAUUGUUGGUAAAUUACAUGGAUGGUACAUGCUAGUUGCGUUCUUUCUUCUCUGAAUGCUCUUUUUUUUUUUUUUUUCCCUCAAGUGUGAGAAUUCUUUGGGUAAGUUAUACCCUGAAAUAAUUCAUAAUCUUGCUGUUUCACAUAAAAUCCUUCAAUUUAUGUGGAUGGUGUAUAAACAUUGGAAACUUCUCAAGUUUUAAUGUGCAGCUGAUUCAAACUGCUA